AUGUCACAAUCUCGGAUACUUGAUUUGGUCAAGACACAAUGCCGUAUCUUUUCCCUUAAUUUCAACCCUCAACGACUGCGAUUGGGUAACAAGAUAUUGCGGCAACGGUUACGAGGCCCAGCACUGUCCGCGUGGUACCCAAAGAAAACAGUUUCCUUCAAGUCCCUCCAGCUAGCAUAUAAGGACCUUGGCCUUACCACCUUCGAUGAAGCCGAGGACGAUCGUGAAGAGGCUAUUCAAAUCGCCAAACUGCGAGGAAAGGGACGGCCCAAAAAGAAGAGAACUGCUGCCGGUAAGGUUCCCUGA